AUGAUGGGGUGGUGUUGCUCAGACAUAUGCAGAGCCCUGGCUCUCCUGGCACUCCUGUUUCCCUUGCGGGAAAGGGGCUGCUGGGGGCUGAAUCCCAGCUCUGGGGAUCUGGAGAAGUCCCCACACUCUGAUCCAGACCCCUGGGAGAUCCUGCACAGGCACAAACGCAGCUGGGUAUGGAACCAGUUCUUCGUAUUGGAAGAGUACACAGGAAAUGAACCACUCUAUGUUGGCAAGCUACACUCAGAUGUGGACAAAGGAGAUGGCAAAGUGAAGUACGUCUUAUCUGGCGAGGGCGCCACCUCCAUCUUCACCAUCGAUGAGAACACGGGAGACAUCCACGCCACAAAGCGGCUUGAUCGGGAGGCACAAGCCUACUAUACCCUCCAAGCUCAAGCUGUAGACCGACUCACUAAUUUACCCGUAGAGCCCAAGUCUGAAUUUGUGGUCAAGGUCCAGGACAUCAAUGAUAAUGAGCCUAAGUUUCUUGAUGGACCGUAUUUGGCAGGGGUACCAGAGAUGUCACCCUUAGGAACCAUGGUAGUGCAAGUGGCAGCCACAGAUGCAGAUGACCCAACAUAUGGGAACAGUGCCAGGGUGGUCUACAGCAUCAUCCACGGACAGCCGUACUUCUCAGUGGAGCCCAAGACAGGUGUCAUCAGAACAGCUCUGCCAAACAUGGACCGGGAGACGAGGGACCAGUAUGUGCUUGUCAUCCAGGCCAAAGACAUGGUCGGACAGAUGGGUGGCCUGUCCGGCACCACCUCUGUCACUGUCACGCUCACUGAUGUCAACGACAACCCGCCUCGGUUCACUCAGAAGAGCUAUCAGUACACAGUGCUGGAAUCGCUGCCGGUGCAAUCUGUGGUGGCCAGAAUUAAAGCGGCGGAUGCCGAUAUAGGCUCUAACGCGGAGAUGGACUACAGGAUCAUGGACGGAGACGGGCCUGGCAUGUUCAACAUAACAACGGAUGAGGAUACACAAGAGGGGGUCAUCAUUCUGCUAAAGCCCCUAGAUUUCGAAACUAAAAGCAGCUUUUCUCUGAGAAUCGAAGCCACAAACAGGAAUAUUGACUCCAACUUCUUGAGCCUAGGCCCAUUUAGCGACACAACAUCAGUCAAGGUGACGGUGGAAGAUGUGAACGAGCCACCCAUCUUUUCCGCACCACUUAGCAAGAUGGUUGUUUCGGAGGACGCCAAAGUGGGCACCUCAAUCGGGAGGGUCUCUGCCCAUGACCCAGACACCUCCAACAGUGCCAUCAGGUACUCCAUAGACAGGAACACAGACUUGGAGCGCUUCUUUAAUGUGGACGCCUUAAGUGGGGUCAUCAGCACAGCCAAGCCUCUGGACCGAGAGGCCAACUCAGUCCACAACCUCACCAUCUUUGCCAUUGAGAGCCAGGACCCAACCCAAAUUGGAAAAGGAAUCGCUCUCAUUACAGUGCUGGACAUAAAUGAUAAUGCCCCGGUCUUUGCCAUAGACUAUGAAACUCUCCUCUGUGAAAAUGCCAUACCAGGACAGGUGAUCCAGACCAUCAGUGCGGUGGAUAAGGACGAACCUCUGAGUGGUCACCGCUUUUAUUUCGCCCUUGCUGCACCUGUUGCUGGGAACCUCAACUUCACCCUGCGAGAUAACAAAGACAACACAGCUUCCAUACUGACAAAGCGGGGUGGUUUCAGGAGGCGGGAGCAGCCUGUUUAUCGGCUGCCCGUGUUGAUUGUGGACAGUGGAAGUCCUGCCCUCAGCAGCACUAACACCCUCUCAGUGCGUGUGUGUGACUGUGACUCUGAUGGCGUGGCCGUGUCUUGCGGAGCUGUGGCCUACACGGCGACUGGCCUGAGCACUGGUGCCCUCCUGGCUAUUUUAGGCUGCAUCAUCACACUUCUGGUAAUGGUUCUGCUAAUUGUGACAAUGCGUCGGAGGAGGAAGGAGCCACUGAUUCUCGAGGAGGAGAGGGACAUCAGAGAGAACAUUGUCCGUUACGACGAUGAGGGUGGGGGAGAGGAGGACACAGAGGCUUUUGACAUGGUUGCACUCCGCAACCUAAACGUCAUCAGAGAUCCCAACGUGCGGCGAGAUGUCACACCAGAUACACCUACCUUCUUCCACUACCCAUCAGCAAGUCGCCCGUCCUAUAAGUCCCUGCCGGACAAUGUGGUCUUUCGAGAGUUUAUUUGGGAGCGACUUAAGGAUGCUGAUGUGGAUCCAUCAGCUCCCCCAUACGACUCUCUGCAGACAUAUGCUUUUGAAGGCAGCGGCUCAGUAGCAGAGUCACUAAGCUCACUGGAAUCACUAAGUACAGACUCAGAUCAGAACUAUGACUAUCUUAGCAACUGGGGACCACGCUUCAAAAAGCUGGCCGAUCUGUACGGCAACAGCGACGGCACCAGUGUCUUCUCAUAGCCCCUAAAUGUCUCUCUUAACAUUUAAAUAGGAGUAAUUUAUUGUCAGAGAAAAUGAUUUUGCCUGCCUUAGUGCACAGGAGGAAAAUAUUCAAAGACAGCACAAGAGAGACUGAAAGAUAAACACUUUGACUUCAAAGGUUUUUGGUUUGUUUACCUCCUUGUAUGGAUUUUCAAAAGCGUGCCAUGGUGAGUUUUGACACAGACUUCAAAAGUGGCUUGAGCGAGGAGGAAACCUUGUGUGCAAAAGACAUUAAAGGUUUCAGAUUUUGGGCUUGAGUCCAACCAUUGACUGCAGAAUGCAUACAUGUUGGAGCAUUUUUACGGGGAGGCUCCCGUCCUUUCAUUCCAGCGAUGGGCACGGGCCCAGCACUCUUGCUUUGAUGCAUUCCUUUGCUAUCUUUGUGCUAAAAAAAAAACAUAAAAGUUUCUCAUGAAAUGCUGCGUCCCUGGUGGCUAAUCAGUGGUCACUUGACAGUUCAUAUGAAAUUUGACAACAAUUUCUAUGGGUUUUCUUUUUUCCUUUUCGGGUUGGUGGGGCAGGGUAAUGAGGGGCUGAUUUUCAUAAACAUACGAUACAGAGCCACAUUAUUCAUGGACUCAGUCAUACCUCUCAACACUAUAUGAAAAGUGCAACUGCACACAUACAGUAUUAACAAGUAGUAGAUGUGCUACGGAAGUGAUGUGAAGACAUAAGUUGUGCAUAUAAUAAGAAUGACUAUCUUGUCAGUUUGAUGUCUCCACUGGGUGAAACAGGAAAGCAUAUAAUUUCUCUUAUUCUCCUAACAAUACAUUUUGCAGAUGUUGCAAUGUAGUGUUUGUCUGAGUCUGUUUUUUCUUCCGCCUUUCUAUUGCCAAGUCCAAUGUAUGAUUUCUGAGCUGGGGGGACUGGGGGUGGGGGACAUCUGCUACAUCAGAAAGCUUUGCUGAAGGAUCCAUCCUCGUUGUGCUUGAUUGCGAAAUUCACACCACCUAGACUAGAAAAAAGAAUUCCUUUCUGAACAGUGACAGUCCUUACCUGCGUGACGUUACAGUUUGUAAGUAAAUGAAUUUUGCUUCUGUAGUUUGCAGAGUCCAGCAUAUAUUGUCAUUCAGAAAUGAAACCAAUAAUGUUCAUGGUUUGUUUAUUGACGGUGAAAGGACACACUGUAUGAUAAUCAUAUUGUGCCAAUUUUUUUUCCAGCUUAAACAAAUUAUGUUAAAAUUGGGUGUCGACAUGUACAACCGAUAUGUACUAUUAUUUAAUUUGAAGAGGCAGA